AUGGACCAUUUCCGAAGGUGGAGGGUGGGGCGUCGAAAGGUCAGAGGUCAUCUGCUUGAGGCGUUGAGGAGUUUAGGUGCAUUUUGUCUUGGUUUGCUCCUGGCGUCUUCCUAUGGCGUCACGGCAUUCUUCCUCCAGAAACACGAGCUCUGGUUCUGCGUCUACUCCACGCUGGCCAUCGCAACACUGGCAGCAUUUGGCAUGGGCCUGUCAGCCAGCGUGAGGACCACCGCCAUGCUGAUGUUCCCUACGCUCUGCUCAGAAAAGGGGCGCAGACUGGUUCUGUUCCUGGUUCUGUCAGUGCUGCUGGCCGGACCACUCACCAACACAAUGGAAAACUUCGAGCGAGCCGCCGACAGCGUGCUCUGUGGGGCAGAGCUAGCCAGAAACCACACCCAGGAACUAAUGAGGCGGGCAGCCACACCCCUCCUCCCUGUCCUGGACAGCAUCCGAGAGAUGACCAGCAAUGCCUACGCGUUGGCAGGAAGAGUCCACAACUUGAUCAAUGCUUUGACCGAGAACGUCCGCCACGUUGCUCGCACUCUGAGGAACGUCAUUCACUUUCUGGUCGACAUUGGUGAUGUGUGCAACGCCAAGCUGGGCACGCCGCACCGGAAGUGCACUGCAGUUUUUGAUGAGGCCAGGGAGGACUGCACCGAGCUCCUGGGGAUUUUCAACUUCCUGUGUGACAUUGUGGAGGGAUUCCGCCCCCUCUGUGGUCUGGCUCGUGUUGUCCAGCUCUUCUGUGUCAUCCCCUCCUACAUCGCCUCACACCUCAGAAAACGACUGGCUGCUCCAACAGUUGCAGCAUUUGAGCGCAUGAAGCAAGAGUUUGAGUUCAACAUCUCUGCUUCGAUGACCUUUGACCUGGAUGUGAACAGCAGCCGCUCUCUGCAACAGGCCUCCCAGGAGAUCAUGGAGGAGGUUUCGUCUGAGCUGGGGAGGUUCCAGGCGCUAAGGACACCGCUGGCCUGGGGAAGCCUGCUGCUCCUGGCCGUCUCCUUCCUACAAGCCCUGCGGUACAGGCGGCGGUAUCUCUCUCAGGAUGACUUUGACAACAUUUACCUCAGCGAAGAGUUUGUGAAUUUGGAUCAGCGCCGAGCUGCAGAGCAUCAGGACACCGUUCUUCCUCUCACCCGCCGAGAAACAUCAACCUACAUAAGCCCACUGUCGCCCACCCUUACACCAGGCGAGCGGCGGACGGCGGCUCUCAGCGCCAUCACUGUGCUCAGACACAUGACCCUGGGUGGCCUGUUGGUGGCACAGGAUCUGCUGGUCUUCUGGAUGCUGGAGCUCGUGUACCAACAAGUGCAGGGAGGUCUCAUUGCCCGGGCCCCUGUCAUAGUGGAAGUGCAGGUGAAUGGCAGCGGUUAUGCAUCAGACAUUUUGAAGGACGUUGUGUCUUCCUUUAACAUCCUGCAGAGUGGAAACAUCACCAUCCUCAGUAAGAAAUGUCUCCUGGAGCCCUCGGAGCCAAACUACACAGGAUAUGUCAUCAUAGGUUUCCUGUAUGGCCUGGCUUUACUCCUGGCUCUGAUAGGAGGUUACAUCCAGCGCUGCCGGAGGCUGAUCUGUGCCACAUACUAUCCGAGAAGAGAACAGGAGAGGAUCCAGUUCCUUCACAACCACAUCCUGAGCCAGAGGAGGUGUUUGGGGACAGCUCUACAGAUGUCUGUGACCAGGAGCCAAGCUGAUGGAGGAGGUGCAGGGGGUAGAGGCUGGCUCCUCACACUCCUGCAGUGGGUUCCUGGAGGCUCCUACCUGUCGGACCUCCUGGGCAUGUCGGCUGUUACCUGUGGGAUUUGUGGAGAGACGAGGGAGGAGAGACACCAGCUGCCCUGUCUCGACCCACAGUGUAAAGCUGAUGUCCCGGAACCGGCUGACAAUCAGAACCAGGGACAUGAAACACGCUGCGAAGUGGCUUUCAGACAUAAGCUUACGCCAAUGACUAUGCGGACACUAUUCCCACCCACUUGA